AUGUGUCACUACAGCUCGUUCCUCCAGGAAAUGCACUGCCUUCGUCGUCCGAUGAAUGAACUUCUCAAGAAAGAUGCCAAGUGGUCCUGGUCGCGAGAGUGCCAACAAGCUUUUAAAGGCAUGAAAACAAUGUUGAGCUCUGACUUGCUGCUCACGCACUUCAAUCCUUAUCUGAAGAUUGCCGUGGCUGCGGACGCCUCCAACUAUGGAAGUGACGCUGUCAUCUCACAAGUUUUUCCCGACAACACAGAGAAGGCUAUCUGUCAUGCAGCAAGAUCACUUAUGUCUGCUGAAUGCAACUGCCGACAGAUCGAAAAGGAAGACUUGGCUACUAUUUCUGCUGGGAAGAAGUUUCAUAAGAUGCUUUAUAGGCAUCAUUUAACACUUCUCACGGACCACAAGCCUCUUCUUGCUAUUUUUGGUUCGAAAAAGGCAUUCCUGUGUACUCGGCACAUCACCUCUAGCGCUGGGCAACCAUGCUGCUGGACUACGGCUUCGACAUCUGGUACCAGUCUACAACAACCAUUGGUAAGGCAGAAACACUCGCGCUUAACCAACUCACGGAUUAAGAAGCCUGAGGACACAGUCAUCAUGUCCGUCUUCGUUGACUCCGAGGUCAACAGUCUACUUACGGAUUCCAUUCGUGCACUCCCUGUCAGGUUUGAGGAAGUCCGGAAGGCAACCCGGCAGGAUCCACCGUUGAGACAAGUUAUCAAGUACCAUCGCUAUCAGUGGCCCGCGAAAACCUCUGGAGAAUUGCAGCAGUUCCACUAA